GUUGCUCCAGCGGUCGGCCGGUUCGUAUCGCAGGGAGUUAAAGCUCAGGGGUGAAUGAGCGACGGUGGACGGGGUCCACUCUCUCCCUAUUUAUUUCAAAACCCCCUUCCCCUCCCCCUUUUCUGAUGAAGGGUCUAGGCCUGAAACGUCAGCCUCUCUGCUCCUAUGAUGCUGCUUGGCCUGCUGUGUUCAUCCAGCCCUGCACCUUGUUGUCUCGGAUUCUCCAGCAUCUGCAGUUCCUACUGUCUCUCUCUCUGUCUGUGGGUGAGGGGGGAGAAUGUGAGAGGUGGGAGUGAGGGAGGGGAGGCGCCUAACAUCAACUGCAUUAGACCCAGCUUUCACCUCACUGUCCUGUUGUGUGUGUGUGUGUGUUUAUGGCUAAGCAUCUACUCUGGAGUUCAAUUCCGUUAAGGCAAUCAAACCUUUACACCAUAAUAGACUCUAAUAAAGGUCAUAAAUAGUGACUUUAAGAAAAACACAAGAAAUUCAUACAGCUCUAGAUUAUCUUCCUGUUACUGGAUUGAGGGAUUUAGUUUUAAUUGCAAACUCAGAUUCAGCAUAAAUGUAUGAAGUAAUCUAUUCUUUCCUUUUCCCAGACUCUGGCCAGUUAUGAUAUUGGGAGUAUCUAGUCAGUUGUUGGACAUGUUCAGUCUUAUUCAUCCUAACAAUAUGGCCAAAAUAUUUUACUUUGUUCCCUUAAACCCCUGCUUUAGUUUGAAUUUUUAAAUUACUAUAUUUCUUUUAAAUUGCUGUUAUUUUUAGGGAUUGCCACAUUGUGGAUAACAUCGUAAGUCAGGUCUUAUUUGAUAGUGUUAGAAAUGCAGGUCCAUUUAAGGGGUAAACUGAAAUAACUCCAGAGUACAUUGAGACAGUUGAUGUUCUUUGUCUUUAAGAGCUUAGUUCUUUUAGCCUCUUGGUCUUUCUGUACCUGUCUGUCACCUUUGGUGGUCUGCAUUGCCCUUGCUGGGUGUUGCCAUAAUUUGAGUAACUGGAAACAAGGAUGACUUAGGGAUGGUGGAUAUUGGGUGGAAGGUCUCACAGGUGAUUUGGUGGUGGGAAAGAAAAACAUUCAGUUGUGUGUGAUAAUUCCAGAUAUUAAAAGAAGAGCUGGGUUCUUAUUACAGGACCUGUGUUCAAAGUGUAGUGUCUGUAUCUCUGGGCUAGGUGGCUUGGGUUCGAGGCUCAACUGCCUGAGAUGUUUCCUAACAUAUCUGAACAGGUUGAUUUAAAAAAAACUAGGUUGUUCUUGGUGUUUCAUGCCUUAUGGAGAAAAGGCAGAAAAGUGGAGCUGAGAAUUAUCAGAUCAGCCACGGUCUCAUUGAAUGAUGGUGCAGACUUGAUGGGCCGAAUGGCCUACUUCUCCUUCAUGUUAUCAUCUUAAAGUGGAUAGUUGGUUUCUGGAUAAAGAACUGUUGGUGUUAAACUAUAGGUUUUUAAUUAAAUGCUUGCACAACUACCAUAGUUUUUUGCUACCUAAUUCAACAUCAGGACAUAUUUCUGUGGAAUGCUAUUGCCUUCGGCUUGGCAAAAUUUACUUUUUGUAUGCCCUGUAGGACUUCAUAAAGAUACAGUCUUUGAUAAUUUGGUUGUGUGUUUUAGCAAUUGGGUUUAUGCUUUCUUAAUAAUUUCAAUGAAUGUACAUAUUCUGUUUUCAUUGUUGGAAUUUACCUGACCUUUCCCAGCAAACUGCUGAGAGGAAUAAACAUGUCCAAAAUAUGGCUACUGUGGAAAUGGAUCAAGAACUGGCCAAAAAACUGUUCUUUGAAGGAGGCACUCUUAUAAUACUUGGUGUUCCUGAGGGCACUGAAUUUGGCAUUGAUUAUAAUUGUUGGCAAGUAGGCCCCAAGUUUAAAGGAGUGAAGAUGAUCCCACCGGGAAUCCAUUUUAUGCAUUGCAGCCCUGUGAACAGCAGAGAUAUUCGGAUAACAGGACCACGCACAGGUUGUUUCUUUCAUAUAAAGCAGAGGGAAGUUCUAGUGAAGCGAUGGGACAAGAAGGAAGAAGAAAUAGUUUUAGUUGCAGUCUCGGAAGAAGAAAGAGAGCAGAUAAGAGAGAAUCUGACUGAACUGGACAAAUGUUUGGGACCAUAUCCAUAUGAAACAAUGAAAAGAUGGGUCUCUUUGACCAAUCUCAUAACAGAGCCCUUGAUUCAGAAGUUGCAGCCUGAAAGUGGGCGAAUUUGUGCAUUUUCUGAAGUGCAGCCAGAGAUUGCACUGCCACAUACAAAAGAUCGAGCAGAGCAGAAUCGAUUGCCUUAUGAUACGUUGUGCAAGAACUAUGAAGAGGGGUUAGCCAGACUGCCCAAGAUGAAAGUUAAAGCUGGUACCGAGAUCAGGUUCACGACAAUUCCAAAACAGAAGUAUCCUGAGGGAGCAUCCCCAGCUGAAAUUACGAAGUGUAGCAUGGACUUCAGCUAUGCCUUGGAUACUGUAAUAAAACAGCGGUACCCUUUGAACCCAAAAGAUAUAUUAGGUGAAUUGCAGUUUUCCUUUGUCUGUUUCCUGAUCGGACAUGUCUAUGAUGCAUUUGAGCACUGGAAGGAUCUACUUCGUCUACUCUGUCACUCUGAGGAGGCUGUGACGAAACGAAAGGAUCUCUAUUCUGCUCUCAUCUCAAUCCUCUAUCAUCAACUUAAUGAAAUUCCUUCUGACUUCUUUGUGGAUAUUGUCUCCAAAGAUAACUUCCUCACCACAACCUUGCAGGAGUUUUUCUCUUACGCAUGCAACCCAGAUUUGGACAAAGCUCUGCAGAAGCGGGUAGAAAAAUUUAAAGCUCAUUUAACCAAGAAGUUCAAAUGGGAUUUUGAUGAAGAACCUGAUGAUUGUGCUCCUGUGAUGGUUGAGUUACCCGAAGGAGUGACACUAGGCUGAUUUAAUUAUUUAAUAAAACUUUUCAAAAACCA